CAUCCUUCAAAGAAAAGGGAACCUGACUCUGGGACAGGAAAAAAGGAGCGAUCAUACCCCACCGCUGAAACACGACCCACUGGGCACAGAGGCAGAGGGGCUGACGGCCGUCUCUGACACCCGGCGAAGACAGGCAGGAUGCUGGCCAAAAUCCUUGAGGACAUGUGGGUGGAGCCCGAGGUGCUGGAGGCCCUCAGCGAGGAGCAGAAGAGGAUCCUGUUCUUGAAGAUGAGAGAGGAGCAGGUUCGCCGCUGGAGAGAGAGGGAAGAGAGAGAGGAGAGGGAAGGAAGAGACAACAGCACCAGGACAAAGAAAGCUGACAACAAACACGUGAGGUGGCUGCUGGGUCGGGACGGGGAUGUGAGCGUCAUCGUGAUCGGAGAGAUGGACGAGUUCAGGUCCUCCAAACUGCUGCAGAGCCUCAUGAACAACAGAGUCCACAGUGAUAAUAUGAAUGGCAUCCAGACGGCAGACAUGCUGCCAGGAAGAGAGGCCCAGCAGCACGGCUUUAAAGAAGACAUCCAGCUGUCCCUCACAGAUGUUAGCGGUGACCCGGCUUCACCGCACGACCAGUGGUCUGAGGAGGACUCCUGCAGCGCCGAUGACGACCCCAAGGACCCCGCCGAGGACAGCGACAGUGAAUCAGGCAGCAACUCGGACAACCUCGGCGACUGGACUCCUCUCUACAGGCCCCAUCUUAGUAGCCAUGGCAACCAGCCGCUGCUCAAAGCCAAGCUGUCAGACACAGAGAGGGCCAGCCCGCAGGACAGAGAGAUCGUGUCAGAGAACAAGUCAGACUACGGAGGGCGCGUGGCACAGCUCAGGAAGGCAUUCGCAGAUGAUCCUCACAGCACACCUGGCUACACCAAACCUCCUAUACCUGCUAAACCUGCUCACCUACAGAAAGGACCUCUGGUCCAUUAGGACUAAAGGUGUGUCCAGCCGGCUACGACACAACACUGUGACCCCACAGAGGCAGAGCCUGCUGUGCUGAGUGUGACGAGCCCUAUGAACAAAAUAAUGGCUCAGUGAGACACUGAUGGACCAGGCUGAGGCCACAUACACUGGAAGAAAAGGAUCCUUACUUGAACCUGAGUGGUGAACUGAGUUUCACUUUGUUGGGCUUCGAUUCACGGACCAACCUGCAGACAGAAAAAGGUCUGGGGGGGUGGAGAGACUUGAAAGCUUUUCUACUGAAGUCAACCUGAAUGAUAAAACCAAGCAGCUUUGAUGUUGCUGAGUUCAAAUACACUCACAGAGUUUGUGUGAUUGACAGGCAGAGAGACAUGUCCACACACACAGACUAUUGACUACAGGUGGAAAACCAAUGUGGUGCACUUUUUAAAAGAGUUUUAAUGAAGUUUUAUUAUUCAAAGGCAGAAGAGGUUAUUGGGAACUGAAACAUGUAUUUGAUAAAAAUAUAUAUAAGCAGGUCUUUCUGUGCUGUUUAAAGCUUUAAACUGUUUUAAAUGUAGUCCACGUUACUUCUUGCUGUACUGUUUUAAAACCAUCUUCAUCCAGUAUAUCAAUCACAUU